AUGUCUGGUGUUUGGGUGUUCAAGAAUGGCGUGGUUCGACUGGUGGAGAACCCUGGAAGUGAUUCCUUUAAGGGUUCUGGUCAACGUAAGGUGUUGGUUCAUGUUUCCACAAACGAAGUGGUGACCUCGUACGAGGUGCUGGAAAGAAUCUUGUUAUCAGUCGGAUGGGAGAGGUACUACGAUGAUCCUGAUCUAUUUCAGUUUCACAAAAGGUCAUCUGUGCACCUAGUUUCUCUCCCUAAAGAUUUCAAUAAGCUCAAGUCCAUGCACAUGUAUGAUAUAGUCGUCAAGAAUCGCAAUGUGUUUGAAGUGAGAGACAUAUAUAGUCACCGAGCUAACUAA